CGGGUGAGAAGUAGCUAGAAAACAAAAGAGAACACGCAGUCGUCCUCGCGAUUUGGUAUGCUCUUGCAGUGUUAUAGGAAUGCCCAAGGAAAAAUAUGACCCGCCGGAUCCCAGGCGCAUGUACACAAUUAUGUCAAGCGAAGAAGCAGCCAACGGGAAGAAGUCAUACUGGGCUGAGCUGGAAAUCAGCGGCCGAGUAAGGAGUCUCAGCACGGCCCUUUGGUCUCUCACCCACCUCACUGCCCUGCACCUCGGUGACAACUCAUUGUCACGCAUCCCGCCAGACAUUGCCAAACUACACAACUUGGUGUACCUGGAUCUCUCAUCCAAUAAGAUCAGGAGCCUGCCGGCAGAGCUCGGCAACAUGGUGUCUCUCAGGGAACUGCUUUUAAAUAACAACCAGUUGCGGGUUCUGCCAUUUGAAUUGGGGAAACUGUUUCAGUUACAAACACUGGGGUUGAAAGGAAACCCACUUGCACAAGAAAUUAUGAGCCUCUACCAGGAACCUGAUGGCACGCGGAGACUGCUCAACUACUUGUUAGACAAUCUGGCAGGGGCUAUCAAGCGCAUACCAACAGAGCAGCCUCCAUCUCGGUCAUGGAUCUCUCUUCAGGAACCAGACAGAACACGGGCAUCUGCACUGUUCUCUGUGAUGUGCUACAACGUGCUGUGUGAUAAGUACGCCACACGACAGCUGUAUGGCUACUGCCCCUCUUGGGCUCUAAACUGGGAGUACAGGAAGAAGUCUAUCAUGCAGGAGAUCAUGGGCUGCAAUGCAGACAUCAUCAGUUUGCAGGAGGUAGAGACAGAGCAGUACUACAAUUUCUUUUUGCCUGAGCUGAAGGAGCAGGGAUAUGAUGGGUUCUUCAGUCCAAAGUCACGAGCUAGGACCAUGUCAGAGUCAGACCGCAAACAUGUGGACGGAUGUGCAGUUUUCUUCAAGACAGACAAGUUUAGUGCAGUGCAGAAGCACACUGUGGAGUUCAACCAGCUGGCUAUGGCUAACUCCGAGGGCUCAGAGGCUAUGCUGAACAGGGUGAUGACCAAGGACAACAUCGGGGUAGCUGUACUGCUUGAGCUCCGCAAAGAGAUGAUGGAGGCCUCCUCUGGAAAGUCGCUGCAUGGCAUGGAGAAGCAGCUGCUCCUGGUAGCCAAUGCCCAUAUGCACUGGGACCCAGAGUACUCUGACGUCAAGCUGGUCCAGACCAUGAUGUUCCUGUCAGAGGUGAAGAGCAUAGUGGACAAAGCUACACGCAGCCUCAAGUUGUCCUCUGUCUCCGGUGAGACCAAUGCCAUUCCACUGGUGCUGUGCGCUGACCUCAACUCCCUGCCUGACUCUGGCGUUGUGGAGUACCUGAGUACUGGCGGAGUGGACUGCACCCACAAGGACUUCAAGGAGCUUCGCUAUAGCGACAGCCUGACCAAAUUCAACUGCAAUGGCAAGAACAGCACAUCCAAUGGCAGGAUUACCCACGGCUUCAAGCUGAAGAGCGCUUACGAGGAUGGCCUGAUGCCUUACACCAACUACACCUUCGACUUCAAGGGUGUCAUCGACUAUAUUUUCUACUCCAAGCCUCACCUGAACGUGCUGGGUAUCUUGGGCCCCCUGGACCCCCACUGGCUCGUAGAGAACAAUGUCACUGGCUGCCCACAUCCCCACAUCCCCUCCGACCACUUCUCCCUCUUCAGCCAGCUGGAGCUGCUCCUGCCCAACUUGCCCCCCCAGGUCAAUGGGCUCCAUCUGCCUGCACGCAGGUAGUGAGUCCUUGCCACACCACCAGGGGGAGCUGCAAACCACAGCCUCUCCCUUUUCAACCCUCCUCCCUCCCACUACCAGCUCUUCCCUCCACCACAGCGGAGGAGGAAGACAAAAACACAACCUGUAAAAUAUUCGUACAGUGAGGUCUGGCCGACAGGGAUUUCGUAUAAUGUUAUAGAUAUUCUAUAUUUUUCUUUUUUUCUUUCUCCGUUUUUCUUUUUUGUUCUUUUUUUAACUGCUCGAUCAGUCCAGUUUGUGUAUCAUAUUUUGUGUUUUGGACUCCCUUUCCUCAGAUCCACCCACUCACCCACCCACUUCUGCUUCUAUCUUUCAAACUAGAGGGGAUGGUAGCUCAUUCAGAUUUGUCACACAGGACACGGUUUGGUUUAAGAGAAAGCGGCUGCGGGGACGACAUUCACCUGAAAAGCUUCAUAGCUGAUGGUCUGUCUGUCUGUCCUGUAAAAAAUCUGAAACCAGCAAAGACAGCAGACAUGUCAGUCUCAGACCUCCCAUCAUUGGCUUGUGCUCGUUUUCCCCCUAUACUCUGGGCAGCCAGCUUACUUCCUCAGUCUUUGUAGGAUGAACACAUUUGUUGAGUUGUAUGUGGAUGGGUUAGAGCAGCUAUAGCUUGUAGUUAUGCGUCCCUGGAGGUGGAUGUAGGGCAGCUCCUAUGAGGUGAGAUUUCCUGCUGUCAUUCUGUGGUGCUGAGGCCUUUUCGUGUGGUCAUGGCCUCUCGUGGUGCUACAAGAUAGUCUACACCUCUUGACCCCGGCCCUGGUGUAUUAGCUGCCAAACCCACACAUGCCUCGAGAACCAGACGUCCGAGAACUGCAUAGCCUGAUUUUUACAUUAAUCUGUGAAGGAAGGAGGUUGUGAGAAACUGGGAGCAGCUACCAUCCUAUUUUGCAGACUGUUUUCACCCCAGCUUGUUUAGUUGUUAGGCUAGUCUUGUGCUUAGGAGCUCAUAUGGCCCACGUACCACCUUUUUUUUGGGGGGGGGGGCAAAGGGGCAAGGGAUUUAGGCUGAUGGGCAAAGAGAUUGAGGGCGGGGAGGGGGGACUUUCACAAAUUGUUUCUUUGUCUCGAUUGCUUUUAGGCAGAGAGAGCGAGUAAUGGAUGAUACACAGGAGUAAAACCAGCAUUCCUCUCACUGUCUGGAGUUGCCAUCCAGCUCCAUACGUGCAAACAUAGACACACACACACAAAUACACACACACACAUCAUUUGCAGGCAGAUCUGUAGCACUGUCUCCGAGGCCAGUAGUGACUUUCCCCAGCCAUAAAUUCCAUACACAAAAAGCAGUGGUUUUUUUCACAAGUGUUUGUACAGAAUAGAAAAUCUAGACUCAGUCUUUACAUGAUUGUAUAUGAACCACAAAAGACCUGUUUUCUGGCGUUUUUUGUAAGAGUAAAUUAUGAUCAGAUUUGAAAAAAAAGAUUGUAUUGUAAACUAUGGCUAAAUUUUUAUCCAGUUAAUGUUAAGAUGAAUUGAUAUUACCAGCUUGUACAAAAGACUAAGAAGAGGUUGUUCAAGGCGUUCGCUGUCACCACUUUGCACUCCCAAAGAUAAACUGUAAUUAAUGUAUCAGUAUUGUUUUAUUCCUCCCCUCCUCACCCCCCUACCCCCCCACCCCACACACCCCUUCUCUCUCUCUCCGUCUCUGCUGUUGAUUUGAUUUGCCUGCAUAUUGCUGCGAUUGUAAAUAGACACUGAGUAAACUCUGCCUGUUGCUUCUUGCCCAUUAACAAAGCCAUUGAUCCACACUGCUGCCAUCAGUUUAGACUAAAAGGACACGCAAAGAUGAGUCACAGCCCACCAGUGGCACCACAUCUGUUUAUCUAUACAUGUCACACACACCCACCAGUGGCGUGUGACCGAUACAACCUAUAUGAAAUCCCACAUGUACAACAAAACAUUGUGCCUCACUGUAGCAGUUGUCGUUGUCUUGCACUAUUUACAUUUACCGAACGCCUGAACAACCUUUUCUCCUUUUAUUUUUUAAUACUGUUGAGACAUUUGUGAAGAUUUUAUGUCCUUUUUUCGGUUUUUGUUAAUGUUGAUUUCCUUUUUUAUGAGCUGUGACAAUGUUAUGAUGAUGUGUAUAUCCUUCCUAUUCAUUGAGCUCUCUAGUAAUCAGGUAUGUUUUCUCCACUGACCCUUUCCCCCGCUCUUAAAGGAACAUGAGUAGGAUGUCUUUACCUUUAUGAAUCUGCUCUCUUGGAUUGUUUUGCACCCUCUUUGUACUUUAGCAUAGCUCCAUGCCCAGGCCCCCAAAACACACCGGUAGCUCCUUUUCCCAAGAUCCCAAGAUAUGAUUUUUAAAAUCUCCCCAAGUCUGUCCAUCACCCUAAUAUCCCCCCCACAACCUCAACCGCCCGACCUCAGACUUAACCUGCCCUCUAUAUUACUUGAGCUGUGUUUUUUUAAAUCCCUUUGCUCAACCACUUUGUAUAGUUCUCUUGCGCUCGUCACUGCAGCUAUAGUGCCAUCUGUGGACCCUCCCCUCCCCUCCCCUACCUCUGUAUCAGAAAAGAUGGAAAUCCCACUUUUUGCUCUGCUCUUUUUUUUUGUUUUUGGAUGAACAAGGGAUGAGGGGCAGUGAGCUCAGCUGUUUCUCUCUGAAGGCCAGGCAAACACGUUGCUAUGAAUCCAAUUUGUCACAUCCCACACUAACGAGUGAGACGAUUACUUUGGACGCUUUUCCACAGAUACAACCGAUGAUGAGCACUUAAUAGAUUCAGAUGCAGCUCCCCUCACUCCCUGUCCCAUUACAUAAGUGAAUAAAGAUUUUAAAUGACAUUUUUAAAGCAAGAGGGAAGCAAGUAAAUAGGAAGUAUGAAUCUAGUCCUCAGAUCAGAUUUUCUUGUCCCAUUUGUUUGCCCCCCUACAUGUUUGUUUUUUGGGUUUUGUUUUGUUUUUUUUGUUUUUUUUAAACUUUUUUGUUUUCCAAUGAUUUUCCUUUUUUUUUCUUGAAUGGCAUUAGUAUUGUAGUAGAUUUAAAGGCUAGCUUUUUUGUAAAGUGUGAAUAAAAGAUGUAUCUCAUGUUUCCUUUCUAAAAAGAUAUUGAAUUGUGUUGUUGAUGUAUAAAUCAUGAAUUCUAUGAUGGUGUUAUGUUUGCUACAUUGUUUUUACUUUUACUCAAUACUUUUUUUUCCUCCCCACCAUAUACUCUUCUCCCAUCACAAACCAAAUCCUUUGUAGAAAUCAUGAUGAGACCUGGUCUUGAUCGGUCUACUUGAGAAAUUGAAUGUUGCCUCGUAGAAUGAAGGAUUGCGUGCUUAUUGGGGAGGGAAAAGCACCUGCAUUGUCGGUAUCAGUUCAAACUUUCAACACAGGGAUAUUGAAACUUUUUGUUUUUUGUUAAAUUACUUUUCAGCUUUAUUUUGGAUGUUGCAUGGCACUAGCUGGAGAGUGCUAGUGUCUGUAGGUUAGGACAGCAGAGCUGUCUUACUCGUGGCUAGAAAACACGGUUCUGACUGGUGUAAAACGUGUUCGUAAGACUAAGCUAAUGAUGUGCCGCUGGUCACUAGACUGGUCCUGUGAUGAUUUUGAGUACUUCUAGUCCAUCUCACUCUGUUCUUGUGCAUCACAGUGGUUAAAUCUGUAACACUAGCAAGCUACUAUUGAUCGUCACUGAUUUGACUUUUAAAUCUUUCCAGUUUUUUUUGACACCCCGUAACCCUUGCUGUCAUCACCCUCUUUUUAAGUCAGACUACGGCAUCUAGCUUAUCACAGAUCAGAGUUAUGGCACUCUGCGAGCUUCAGCGAGUGAUCAUGUUGUUGGCUUUGUACCUUUCCACUGUUUCAUUGUUUCAUAGUUGGCUUGUUAAGCAUAAAGUGGGUUUUUUUUGUGGGUUUUUUUAUUUUAUUUUCCCAGGCUGCAUCUCUUUUUGUAAUGGUGCACACCAAAGCUGCUUGUAGUUCAGUUCUUUGUCGUAGAGCUAGUUGUUCCACCAACAUUUUCCAAAUCAUAGUCUUCAUGAAACGUAGGGCUGUAAGGAAAGCAAGGUACUUUGGUCCUUUUCCUUGAAUCACAUGAACACCUCGCAUCCAUGCUCAUACUCGUCGCUGUUGUUGGGAGUUUGGUUUCUCAAUGCAUCCUUUUUCCAAAAACAAACAACUUGGCAAUAAUACCCAGACACAUUCAGAAGGGUUUUUUAAAAAUAUUUUAUCUGGAAAAAUGUAGCUAUUCCAUUUUUCAAAAACUGUGGUCGUUUUUUUGCUUUUUCAAACUUAUCCAUCUUCAUCCCGACCUUCCUGACCUUUGUGUUACCUGACCUUCCUUUUUUUUUUAAUGCCCCUCCCCUCCAUUUAUCAUCCAUCUUGUAUAUUUGCUCCAUCUCCUUUUCCCUGCCGAUUUAGUGGUAGUUGUUCAAUGAUCAGGAUUGUCUUAUCUGUAGUCAGCUGAGUACAUGUAUUGAUCUGUGUCACUGUGUUUAUGCACUGGACCAACUAUUGUUUACCAUUCAUGAAAUACCAGCAAAAAAAAAAAAAAGAAUAA